AUUACCGAAGAUAUACUUCUAACUGCCGUUAUUGGAUACUGAGGAGUAUCCCGCCACUAAUCACACGUAGAUAAUCAUCGCACUAGGGCCUGAUGGAAGGCCAGACUUUAGUUCUCCCCGAACGAGGGGGUGGCGGAAGAGACGAAGGUGGAGGCGAAGAAUUACGCGCUUUCGCUUCCGUUGCGGAAAGAGGAGCGGAAAACGAUGAGGGAAAACGACCACUGUCUGUGGAGAAAAGCCAACCCGAUCCGCCACGAACCCGUUCUCAAGGGGCCGGUGGCGGUGGGAGUGGGUGCAAGAAGCAACAGAACAAGCAUUUCUCGCGACAACAGAGCAACAAAGGCAAAAAGUGGAAAUUGAACAAGUUUCGGCGCAACCAGAAGGAAAGCGUUGGCGGGGUUGGAAAGAAGAAGGAUCAAGCAAAAGGAUUGGAGUGUGGUUUGAGUGGCACGAAAGCAGGAGAUGAAAAGCAGAAUCCGUUGGGAGCUAAUGCGGAAGGCAAACAGCAACAGGGGAAGAGCAAACAUUCAAACAAGAAUAAUAACAGCUUGAUGCAAGUUAGAACAAAACGUUUGCAGUCAGUUUCGAAAUUCUUUCUGCCUGAUAAACGUCCCAGGAAGGAUUGUAUUAUUCCGCCAACGAAAUUCUUGCUGGGUGGCAACAUUUCAGAUCCUUUGAAUUUGAACAGUUUGCAGAAUGAGUCUGAAAAUGCUGUUACCCCAAAAUCUUCGCCCAUUCCUACUCCUCCGCAUUAUAAGAACAAAAUUGAAGUUAUCAUCCCGCCUAAUAUUAAUGAUCCGUUGCAUUUGCUGGAUCCGGUUGAUUCGGUCGAAUACGAAAUGCAGCUUUGCUCGCCAAUGAAGAAAAAACAGCGUGCUCGAAACAAACGCAAACGGAAAUCGAAAUCGGAAAAGAAUAAUCAGAGCUUGGAUUCCAGCGCUGGUGGGAACGUCGGGAGUCAGCUGGGUACCAGCAUUUCCGAAACCGAAGCAACCACAGCAGAGGAAGCCCAAUUGGAAGCCCCAGGAUCCGCCGUGAAGAAUGCGGAACAAUCACUGGAAGGUGGUAAUACGGGGGACCGCGAUAAGGCCACUCGGUGUCUGCGGCUGGAUCUGGAAGUUUGUCGGAAAAGGCGAAUUAGCGAAAGCACUAGUUCCAGCAAGAAUAAAGUACGUCGGAUGGACUCCAUGGAUAAGAUUGUGAGCCCGGUAGUUCCUCAGCCGGGUGCAUGGAAGCGUGGACAUUGGCCGACGAUGCCCGUCGGUGGACGAAAUCGCACCCGCACACAAUCAUGCACUUCGAACAGCGAUGAGCCGCCUCUCAAGCAAUCUGUUUCGGAAGGAGAAACCACCAUUGAGACUCCCCAAUCUGCAGAGCCGGAGUUGAAGGUGGAAGAUGUUGUGGAACCAAAACCCACUACCAGCGAAAAAGAGACAGAACCCAAGCCCAAGCCUCAGGAGGACUCGAAAUAUCAUUACGGCAAUUAUGAUCGAUAUUACGGGUAUCGUAAUCUGAACGAGUUCAUCGACGUUCGGCUUAAAGUGUUCCUACGUAAUCCGUAUCUGUUCCGCGAUAAGGACGUUCUCGAUAUCGGCUGCAACGUGGGACUGAUGACGAUUGCAGUGGCCAAAAUGCUACACACAAAAAGCAUCACCGGUAUCGAUAUCGAUGAGAAAUUGAUUGCCAAGGCCAGAAGAAAUCUUACAACGCAUGUCAGAAUUCAUCCAGGGCAUGCAAAAUUUGCCGGAGAAGCUAAGCUGGGUGCCGAAAAGAGGAAACGAAGGGUUUCAAAAAAGUUCUCAGCUGAUGAGGAAAAGCCAGCAGCGAAACCGGAACAGGACGCUCCAAACGAAGAUAAGCCCGGAGAAGAUCCUCCGCCAGUUGAGUCAACGUCCAAAACGGAACCACCGUCGUCGGCAGCCAAGAAAGGUCAACAUCCGCACCCACGUCGAAAGUUUUCCGGCCGACAUGGCCAUGGAAAGCAGCAUAUGCACAACCAUCAACAUCAUCAUCAUCAUCAGCAUCACCACCACCACCACCAUCAGCAGAAAAAGGACCCCAGGAAGGGUCGACACUCGGAGUUUUAUCCGAUUUCGUUUCCUCUAUCGAUGGGAAAUCUUGGAGCCAAGGCGUGUCUGCUGGAUAUGGCACAGAAGGACCAUAAAUUUCCGAAUAAUGUGAUCUUCAAAACGAUGAACUACGUUCUGAAGGACGAAUCGCUGAUGAACUACGAUACUCAACAGUAUGAUCUGAUUUUGUGUCUGUCUGUUACCAAGUGGAUACAUCUGAAUUUCGGUGACAACGGACUGAAGAUGGCGUUCAAACGAAUGUUCAACCACCUUCGCCCUGGCGGAAAACUUAUCCUUGAAGCUCAAAACUGGGCCAGUUACAAAAAGAAAAAGAAGCUAACGGAUACAACAUGCGAAAAUUAUAAAAAUAUUGAGUUUUUCCCUAAUAAGUUCCAUGAUUAUCUUCUAAGUCCUGAAGUUGGAUUCAGUCAUAGUUAUCCUCUGGGCAUUCCUCGACAUUUAAGCAAGGGUUUUCGUCGACCAAUUCAGUUAUACGUAAAGGGCGAUUUUACUCCUAGCCAGGCCCAAUGGAGUGACACAUACCACCCGCAGACGCCGUACGUCAAUCACCACAAUAUAUACACGGACAUUGCCACCCCUACGCAGAACCCCUGUAUUUGGGGUUCCACGACACCGUAUCAGCCAAGUUACAGCACCCGUUGUACACCGUCGCACAGUUUUAUGGCCACGUCGCCCUACUAUAACCCGAGGCAAACCGAUAGCUACCAACCGAGCUAUGAUGCGGGCAAUCGUCGCGGUAGCUACUGUUUCGCGUCGCCACUCUACUCGACGACCUGGUCGCCCCCGUCGGAUCUGCGCCACAGGCGAUCCGCCUCCAACACACCGAAUUCGGCCAGUAUUAGAAGCGCAGAAAACGACGAACAGUACGCACAACAGCAGCAUCGUCCCCAUGUAUAUCCUCCCAUGGAGGUGUUUCCACUAGAAUCGGCCACCGGUCGGUCGGUGGUGGCACCCGGGUCGGCUAGCGUUCGGCAAACGGAUUCCGAUUCGGAACCGUCGUCGAAUUCGGCCUCACAAACGCCCACUCGAUCGCAGUACGAUGUUGACCAAUCGUCCAAUUCACCCAGCACUACGCAUUCGCAACCGGACAAGUAGACUACGGCCGUACCUUUCUUAUUGCUUACCAGGGAUGGGAACACUCACUUGCAAAGAGUUACACUCACUUGCAAUUUUCUCAGCUCAGAAGCGUGCAAUCAAGAAACGAUGUAUGGACGACUUUUGCCUUGUGGUUUUUUCUAAAACUUUGCCGAAUAGAGUAGGGGUCGCACACGAAUACCAAAGUCGUGACAGAGCUGUGAAAGCGACUCUCCACGAGGUGAGUGUAAUUUACAUUCACCUCGUGGAGAGUUGCCUUUGCAGCUCCCUCACGACAUCGGUAUGCGUAUGCGACCCCUACUCUAUUAGGGAAACAUUUAGACAAAAUCACCAGGCAAAAGUCGUCCAUACAUCGUUUUUUGAUUGCACGCUUCUGAACUGAGAAAACUGCAAGUGAGUGUAACUCUUUGCAAGUGAGUGUUCCCAUCCUUGUUGCUUACAGGUUUCAGUUUUUAUCUAUCAUAGUUGUUGAACUCAUUUUUAUAUGCUGUGAUUGGAAUGGUUUUUGUGUUAAACCAGCAGACAUUUAAGAAACUUCACAGGAUAACCAACAGUACGAAACUAGUCCGUUUGCUUUUUGGAACUAUUUUUUUUCUGAUGUUACAGAGAAGCUGUAGUACAUACAGAAUUUGAGUUAAGAUUACAAGUUUACAAGUUACACGACAUCCAAUAAUAAUUGUCCUCUUGCUGCAUCUCAUUGAUUUUGCUGAAUAAUGUAGGGACCGAGAAAUUCGUUGUUGUAUAUAGUUUCUAAGAGAUACCAUUUGUUUGUCGAUUAAUUACUAAAUAAUGAGGUAAAAA